UAAUAUUUGUUGGCGCAGGGCUCUGGCAUAAACUCGUGUAUAAAUUUUGUGUGAAAUUAUAAAUAAAUAGAGAGUUAAUGUACAAAUAUUGUUUAUUCGAAAAUUAAUUAAAAUAUAAUUAACUGUUUAAUAAAAUAAUGGCUGAUGUAGACGAUUUAUUUAAUUGUUUCAACGAGGAAGCGGAAGAGACAGCUCACGAACCCCCAGUCGCUGCUACAGAUGGUCCAGUUGUAACAAUAAAUCAUGAGAAGACGAAGGAAACUGAAAGCACCUCGAAAAGUGUAGAAAAAAGACAAAUAAAUGAGGAUGAAGAUGAUGCAAAUGAUACCAGUAAACGUGCUAAGAUGACCGAAUCUAUAUUAGAUGAUAUUUGUGUAGAUGCCUUACGUUCCCGCAUUUCAGUACAUGUCAUACAGUCCCCAGAUUCUUGUACCCACGAGGUUGCCACUUAUCCGGGCCAGGAAUAUAUGCCACUGCAACCUUUUACAGGCGUACCCGCUAAAGAGUAUCCCUUUGUAUUGGAUCCUUUCCAAAAAGAAGCCAUUCUUUGCAUUGAUAACCAACAAAGUGUUUUGGUGUCGGCUCACACAUCUGCCGGUAAAACAGUAGUGGCUGAAUAUGCCAUAGCCAAGUCAUUAAAUUGCAAGCAGAGAGUCAUUUACACUACACCCAUUAAGGCUUUGUCCAAUCAGAAAUAUCGUGAAUUUAGUGAAGAAUUUAAAGAUGUCGGCUUGGUUACCGGUGAUGUUACCAUUAAUCCCUCGGCUUCUUGUCUCAUUAUGACCACCGAAAUUUUGCGUAACAUGUUGUAUCGUGGUAGUGAAAUUAUGCGUGAAGUUGGUUGGGUCGUAUUCGAUGAAAUCCAUUAUAUGCGUGAUAAAGAACGUGGUGUAGUAUGGGAAGAAACUUUAAUUUUAUUACCCGAUAAUGUAAGGUAUGUCUUCCUUUCGGCUACUAUACCAAAUGCUCGCCAGUUUGCCGAAUGGGUGUGUCAUUUGCAUAAGCAACCGUGUCAUGUUGUCUAUACGGAUUAUAGACCAACACCAUUGCAACAUUAUAUAUUCCCAGCUGGUGGUGAUGGUAUACACUUGAUCGUGGAUGAAAAGGGUCAAUUUAAGGAGGAUAAUUUCAAUACAGCAAUGGCUGUACUACAAAAUGCUGGUGAAGCUGCUAAAGGUGAUCAAAAGGGUCGUAAGGGUGGUAUUAAAGGAGUUAAUGCCGGCCAAUCCAACAUUUUCAAAAUCGUUAAAAUGAUAAUGGAACGCAACUUUGCCCCGGUCAUCAUAUUCUCCUUCAGUAAAAAGGACUGUGAAGUUUAUGCCAUGCAAAUGGCAAAACUUGAUUUUAAUACCGUCGAAGAGAAGAAGCUAGUAGAUGAAGUAUUCAAUAAUGCCUUAGAUGUACUUUCCGAAGAAGAUAGACAAUUGCCACAAGUUGAAAAUGUUUUGCCGUUGUUGAGACGUGGUAUCGGCAUCCAUCACGGUGGUCUCUUGCCCAUUUUAAAAGAAAUUAUUGAAAUUUUGUUCGGAGAAGGUCUUCUAAAGGCUUUAUUUGCCACCGAAACUUUCGCUAUGGGUCUUAACAUGCCCGCCAGAACGGUAUUGUUUACUGCUCCGCGUAAAUUUGAUGGUAAAGAUUUUCGCUGGAUUUCCUCAGGCGAAUAUAUUCAAAUGGCUGGCCGUGCCGGUAGACGUGGUCUCGAUGACAAGGGUAUUGUCAUUUUAAUGAUUGAUGAAAAAGUCUCACCUUCUGUAGGCCGUGGUAUUGUGCAGGGUAAAGCUGAUCCUAUAAAUUCAGCUUUCCACUUGACCUAUAAUAUGGUUUUAAAUCUUUUAAGAGUGGAGGAAAUAAAUCCUGAGUACAUGUUGGAACGUUCAUUUUUCCAAUUUCAAAAUCAAUCAUCCAUACCGGAGCUUUACAAGGAGGUGCAGGAAAAACAGCAGCAAUUAGAUAAAAUUAAAGUAAAUGAAGAGCACAGCGUGGCCUCCUAUCAUCAUAUACGUGAUCAAUUGGAUUCUUUGGGUAAACAGUUUCGUAAAUGGAUUACUAAGCCCGAGUAUUUAGUUCCCUAUUUACAACCUGGACGUUUGGUGAAGGUACAAAAUGAUACUGAGGAAUUUGAUUGGGGUAUUGUGGUCAACUUUAAGAAACAAGUAAACAAUGCCAAAAAUCCUCUUAAAGCUGAAACUGUUGUUAUAGUUGAUGUUCUUCUUCACGUCACAGAAGAAUCGGCCAAAAAUGAUGAACCAAAACCCUGUAAACCAGGUCAGAAAGGCAAUAUGGAAGUAGUACCCGUAGUUCAUAAACUUAUUUCACAAAUUUCCUCCUUAAGAGUCUACUAUCCCAAUGACCUGAGACCAGCCGAUAAUAGACGUAGUGUUUUGAAAACUAUUACCGAAGUUAAAAAACGUUUUCCCAAAGGUCCUCCCCUUCUUAAUCCCAUAACAGAAAUGCAUAUAAAAGAUCCCGAUUUUAAAGUUAUUGUUGAUUCUAUAGACAAAUUUGAAGAACGUUUAUUUGCCCAUCCUCUACACAAUUCCCCUGAAUUGGAACGUCUCUAUUCACGUUAUACACAAAAACUAAAAGUUCUAGAACAACUUAAGGACGCCAAGGCAAAAUUGAAAGAAGCUCGUUCUCUGCUGCAAAUGGACGAAUUGAAGCAUCGUAAACGUGUUCUCAGACGUAUGGAAUAUUGUACUGCCCAAGAUGUUAUAGAAUUCAAGGGACGUGUUGCCUGUGAAUUAAGUUCAGCCGAUGAACUUUUAAUGACCGAAAUGAUUUUUAAUGGUGUAUUUAAUGAAUUGACAACAGCCCAGUCUGUAGCAUUACUUUCCACUUUUGUGUGUGAUGAAAAAUCUUCAGAAAAUCCUAAAUCAACUGAAGAACUUUCUGGACCUUUAAGAGCCAUGCAGGAUUUAGCACGUCGCAUAGCUAAAAUCUCGAAUGAAUGUAAACUAGAACUAGACGAAGAAACAUAUGUGGACAAAUUCAAGCCUUUCCUCAUGGAUGUUGUUUUGGCCUGGUGCAAGGGAGCCUCCUUCUUGAGUGUCUGCAAAAUGACCGAUAUUUUUGAAGGUUCCAUUAUACGUUGCAUGCGUCGUUUAGAGGAAUUGUUGCGUCAAAUGUGUCAAGCUGCCAAGACAAUUGGUAACACAGAAUUGGAAAAUAAAUUUGCUGAAGGAAUACGUUUACUUAAGAGGGAUAUUGUUUUUGCUGCCUCUCUUUAUCUGUAGACAAAAAUCCUUGUAAAGGAUUUCUUCCUUUUUUUUAUUAUUUUUUAUAGUUUAUAUUUAGAUUUUAAUGAAUUGUAUGGUUUUAAUUACGAUUUGCAACAAACAAAAUUACAAAUAUAUUAGACAAGAAGUGUUUUUCUCUUUACACUGCAUAAAAAUAUUUACAUAUAUUUUUUAUGUAAAACUUGUGUAAACUUUUUUUCACAAUAAAUUAAUAAUAAUAAGAAGAAAU